AUGAGGGAGCCGGAGAAUAACACCCAUGCGCCGCCGCAGUCUCUGCUCGAGAGGCUCAAGGAUUACGGCCAGGAAGACGCAUUUGCCCUCUGGGAGGAGCUCUCCCCUGAAGAACGCGACAUUCUUAUCAAGGACCUGGAGAGCUUAGAUCUCUCGAGAGUUGAUCGGAUUAUUCGAUGCUCGUUUCGGUCUCAAGGGCUACAGGCAGCCGCAAUAGAACCGGUCCCGGAGAGCAACGUUUCAACUGUAGAAAGGCGGACAAUGGAAGAAAGGGAGAGAUGGUGGAAAAUGGGAAUGAAGGCCAUCUCAGAAGGAAAGUUGGGUGUGCUACUUUUGUCCGGUGGACAGGGAACUCGUCUUGGGAGUUCAGACCCAAAAGGCUGUUUCAACAUCGGACUUCCAUCUGGAAAAUCACUUUUCCAACUUCAAGCUGAGCGAAUUUUGUGCCUUCAACGGUUCGCAGCUCAAUCUGUGAAUGAGGCUUCUGUUAGUAUCACACCUAUUCAUUGGUACAUUAUGACUAGUCCAUUUACUGAUGAACCCACACGAAAAUUCUUUGAAAGACGCAAAUAUUUUGGCCUUGAAGCAGAUCAAGUCAUGUUCUUCCAGCAAGGCACUAUACCAUGUGUAUCAAGAGAUGGUAGAUUUAUAAUGGAAGCACCUUACAGGGUGGCAAAGUCGCCUGAUGGAAACGGAGGAGUUUAUUCAGCUUUGAGAACAUCAGGUUUAUUGGAAGAUAUGGCUAUGAGAGGCAUAAAAUAUUUGGACUGCUACGGAGUUGACAAUGCUCUAGUACGGGUCGGAGAUCCAACGUUUUUGGGUUAUUUCAUUGAUAAAGGUGUACCCGCAGCUGCUAAAGUUGUUCGGAAGGCGUACCCACAAGAGCAAGUUGGUGUAUUUGUUCAACGAGGUAAAGGUGGACCGGUCUCUGUGGUUGAGUACAGUGAAUUGGACUCAUCACUUGCAAGUGCAAUUAAUCAAGAAACUGGCCGCCUUCGAUUUUGUUGGAGUAACGUUUGCCUGCACAUGUUCACUUUAGAUUUUCUAAACCAAGUCGCAAAUGGCCUUGAGAAAGACAGCAUCGCCCGUUUGCUUGUCCUUCGCCUGCACGCUCGUUGGGUGGUUGCUGCCGGAGGCUUCUUGACUCACUCUGUGCCCCUAUAUGCUACUGGUGUGGAAGUUUCGCCUCUUUGCUCGUAUGCUGGAGAGAAUCUGGAGGCUAUCUGCCGAGGAAGAACAUUUCAUGCUCCCUGUGAAAUUGCAUUUUAG